GGAAAUAAAAAAAAAUAUUGUCGAAUUUGACAAUUUAUUACACAUUUUAUAUUCAUGACAAACAUUUAUAAAUGUUAAUAUACUGUAAAUUCAUGCCACAUAAAAGGACUUAACACUCAUAUGACACCAAGAGAAAUAUACAAGAGUGUACACAUAGAGAUAACUACUUACAAAAGCAACAUAUAUCAAUCUACAGAUAUGAAUGGACAAAUAUAUCCCAAACCUUACUUUAACAGAUUUAUAUGUGACCUGUGUCUAAAUUCCAAACCAGAGAGAGAAACUGUACAGAAUAGAAAGACAAAAACAUGUCCAAUUUGUCAAAGAAAUAUAACUGCGAAUAAAAUUACUAACGAUAUUGCAGAAAAUAAAGAAUUUAAGGUAAAAAAGAGUAACUCGAAAGAAGUCCAAACACAAUCAGAUACAAAUCCAAAUUUUGAUUUGUUAGAUGAAGUAUUAAAAGCUUUUAAAAGCAAGAAAGAAAUAGAUGUGAAAACUAAACUUUCCAAAGAUGUGGAGACAUCCACAGACGAUUUAAACGGCAAAGCAAAACUAACGUGCAGUAAAGUAUUUUUGUACUCAAUUGGUGACAAUAAAACCGAUUAUAAAGUAUGUACUGUAGUUAAUAGCUACCCAUCUGAAGGGAAAAAAUCCAUUGAAUUAAUCAAACAUAAAUCAUCCUCCAUACCUCAAAUGAAAAUGGAUGAAUUGAAACAUGCAUUAAGAGAGAAGACAAAAUCCAAAGACGCAAUAGAAGAAGUAAAUAGAAUGUUUGCUACCGUAAGAAAAUAUGAUUUAGAAAACUCGAAUGAUAAUAACAGACCCAUGAUCAGGCAUGGACCUCGAGUGUUACCAGUCGUUAAAACUAAGCCGAUAGUGGAGUGCAAGUAUUGCCAAGUUAAUUGCAUGUCAAGCGGUGAUUCGGCAAAUGAGUGUUACCAUAGAAAAAAUGAGAAUAAAUGCGAGAAAUGCGUUUAUAUGCUGUGUUGCCACUACAAAAAUAACACGAAACUGAUGCAAAAUGAUGUGGUACUGUGUGAAAAUUGUAGAGAAAAACACUCUUGUGAAAAAUGCAUCGAUUAUAAUAAUUGGGAGGAAGCUAACUAA